AAAAACAGUUUCUCCAUCAGAGAAGACGUCCGAGAAUCCGCUCUCUUCGUGUGUAGCUCCGGGCACCGACGAGACUGGCGUUGGUGGGAUCGAGACAAAAAUCAGGGCAGUCUCGAUCGGUCAACAGCAGGAGGGGGGGAGGCUACGUGCAAAGCGCGCCGCGAAAGCCUCUAUCAGCACUGAAGCGUGAGGGCCGCCGUGCUCGACCUUUGCGUGGCCACGUGACCCAACAUCCGAUAGACUCUCUAUAAACGGACACGCACCGAUUUCGCCACCAUCGAGUGGUCCGACAACAUCCACAAGCAUGCUGCUCGCCGUGCUCGUCGUCGCUGCCGCUCUGGGUUUCACGGAGCCGCUCCGGUGGCCCUUUGGAGGCCAGAGCAACAAGGAUGGCUUCGUGAUAACGGCACCCGGUGUCAAGCUGGACAACAGCACUGCAGGAGAGUCCAAUGCUACCGGGCCAGACCGUGGCGACAGGUGCCAGUGCGUGGGAGCGGACUGCGGCUGCUGCAUCCACAUGAGCGUCCCCAGGAUAGGGCUCAACGACACGGGGUGCGUGAACGUGACCUACAACUCCGCUCAGUAUGCUCUCUCCUUCACCGUCUCACUGGGAGACAGCAUUGUCUUCAACAGAACGAUUUCAGGCAAGGAUCCGCCGCGGAUGUGCUUCUCGGCCCCGCAGAUCGAGCGCCUGGCCCGCCUCUGCCUGCACUUCUACAACAUGAGCUACAGCAGGGACCGGGUGUCGGGCUGCCUGCGCAUGGAGGCCAUGGUGCUCGGAGAGGUGGUGGCCUCCUACCAGCUGGGCUGCUUCGACCUCGCCGACGUCCGCACCCGCAUCCGCGACGCUCUGGCCGGAAUGAGGCCCUUCCGGCCGCAGUUGGACGCCACAGACUUUGUUCAGAGCAACCGCGUAAGCAACUCCCCGGGAGUUGCGAACGUCCGCUGAUGCUGCCCAUGAAGCUUGCACGGACGCUUGGAGUGUAUGUGCGGAAAUCUUGUGACCGUUUUGAACCGACUCGAAGGUAAACGAGCCUGGGUCUUGACGGGAGCGAGGCAGCGAGCUUCCGGACAAGGUCCAGGAGCGGCGCCGUGGUUUCGUGCUAGCUACCGAAAAGGAGCGACGGCCUUGCCAAUGAACACUUGGGGCAGCAUAGACCAUUCCAGAAAAGAGCUCCUGGCCGGUGUCAUUUUCAACGUUUGAGAGUAUGUCGCAUGGUUUGCUCGCAUUUAGCAGUGACGAACGUGCACACGGUGGGCUGUGGAUUUGUAAACAUUGAAAUAAUGCAUAUUGACUUUUGCUUUA